AUGUCUGACAACAGCAACAACAACGUCAAUGGUAGCGACAAUGAUGAUGUUGAUCUUCUCAAGAUUGUGGAGUGGAGGUUGCGGCAAGGCAGUGCGGAAAGCGGCGAAGAAGAGGAAGAAACAGCAGCUGCCUCCGAUGCUCCCUCGAGCUACUUUGCUUCUUCUGCUACCAGUAGUCCUGCUGCCACUGGUGCUGCCCCUCCUCCUCCAACCUCGGCCACCACAAGUGUGAACCACAAAGGAUGCCAAGUGCCGCAACAAACUAUUCUAUCAAGACAAACCGAAUAUUCUAGGCAACAACAAAGGAAUCCUGGUGCCUAUGCCGUUGGUGGUCCAUGUCUUGCUAAUUUCAGAGAGAAUCAUUCGAAUAGUCAUGCUGGUACGAGUGAGGAAGGCCUUGACAAUUGGGUUGAAGAAAUUGGAGAUGAUAAAAUCAUUGCCCAUCCUAUAGACGAUGAUCAGCAGACAGGGCUGCUACCCAAUGCAGAGCCCGUGCCCUCCAAUGCGCGAUCCAGAGCUUACUGGAGGCAAAAAUUGAUUUGUUCCCUUUCUGCUGAGAUCAUUGUGGCUUUCCUUAUUUUAUCGAUUGUUGUCCUAAUUUUCGUGGUGACAUCCAAACAAGGAAACAGAAAUCGGCUACCAAAUCAAAUUGGAUCAUCUCGUCUUCCUGCAAAUCCCGUGGAAGCGGCAACAACACAGACCUUUUUGGAGUCACUCAAUCUACCUCAGUACACACAAAAGGCACUGGCAAACUCCAGAUCUCCUCAGUCCAAGGCCUAUCAAUGGUUGGUCAACAACAUCAACAACCAAACGCUUGCUCAACCAGAUCUACCAAAAUGGAGACUGAUACAAAGAUUUUCUAUGGCCACAUUCUACUAUUCCACAAGAGGGGAUUAUUGGGUGAAACAUCGUGGCUGGCUGGAUUGGGAGACAAAUGAAUGCAGCUGGGAACAAUUAUUUAUGGAUGACACAUUCUCUCCAGACCUGUGCUGUAAUGAGAUGGGAGAAAUCAAGGCACUGGCAUUUUGGCAGGCCAAUAACAUGGAAGGAACAAUUCCUCCGGAGAUUUCCUUGCUUGGGAAAAGUUUGCAGUCAAUCGAAAUAAUUCGGCAAUUGGGACUCAAGGGAACCAUCCCAACUGUGGUUGGGCUGCUGACACAAUUGACUCGAUUACUUUUGAGUGUGGUAAACAUUGAUGGCUCCUUUCCAACCGAGUUGGGUCAACUGCAGAGUCUUCAGUUGCUUCAAUUUCAUAGGACACCAAUUCAGGGGCAUAUUCCUUCUGAGAUUGGACGACUGCGCAACUUAUCGACAGUGAUUGUGGGGAGAGCCAAUAUAACAGGUUCUGUACCAAUUGAUCUUUACAAAUUGCCCGGCCUGCAGUCUCUAUUAAUUCUGAAUUGCCCUGGACUGGAAACUGAAUACAUCCUUCAAGAAAUCAUCAGCAACACAAGACAGCUUCGUUUCCUGAUGCUAUCCAGCCAAAGCGUUGGGACAGUAUUGUCAAUUCCAUCUGAAAUUGGCACUCUGACAGAACUAACACUCCUACAUUUGCAGGACUGGAAUUUUCAUGGUACUCUACCGGGGGAGAUUGGAAAGUUGAGCAAGUUGACACAUCUGCACUUGGGUGGCAAUUCAAUCUCUGGAACUCUGCCACCGAUAUUGUUGGAGUUUACCAAUCUGGUAUUUUUACAUCUUGGUUCCAACAAGCUGGAGGGAACAAUUCCACCCAACCUCUUGUCUAUACUUACCAACCUGCAGGCAUUGCACCUCAAUGACAAUCUGUUAGUGGGCACCAUUCCUACAGAAGUGGGCCAACUGUCUGAUCUCAGACAAAUCGAGUUACAGCAGAAUACCAACCUUUCUGGCACACUACCUAGGACGGAGCUACUUUCGCUGAAGAAGUUGACCAACUUGGUAGUCACGGAGACAUCCUUGUCGGGCAGCAUCCCGGAAGAGCUGUGUGACAGAAUGCACCAUCAGGAAAAGCAAUGCUAUGGUAGUCUACUGUGUGCCGUCGUGCCAGUGAAUAGCAGUACAACCGUCUGCCAAGGCACUUUUCUCUGUGGGUGUGCUGAUUGUGCUCCUUGCGAGCUUGACUAG